GGCCCCUCUCUCGCCGCCUCCCUCUGACAGCCGGCGAGCGGGCGGCUCGGUGCAGGCAGGCAGGCAGGAGACGCGCCGCGGGGCUGGGCUGCCCGGGGGAGAUGACUCCUCGCCGGGAGGGCGCCUCUGGGAAGAAGACCGCGGGCGAAGCAAAGUUGCAGGGCAGCUGAGGAGCUUGGCCGCAGCCCUUCCAGCCCGCUCACCCCAGGCUAUGGAGGGCCGACUCUAAAAUGAAUCCCGACCUGGACACCGGCCACAACACAUCAGCACCUGCCCACUGGGGAGAGUUGAAAAAUGCCAACUUCACUGGCCCCAACCAGACCUCGAGCAACUCCACACUGCCCCAGCUGGACAUCACCAGGGCCAUCUCCGUGGGCCUGGUGCUGGGCGCCUUCAUCCUCUUUGCCAUCGUGGGCAACAUCGUCGUCAUCUUGUCGGUGGCCUGCAACCGUCACCUGCGGACGCCCACCAACUACUUCAUCGUCAACCUGGCCGUUGCCGACCUGCUGCUGAGCUUCACCGUUCUGCCUUUCUCCGCGGCCCUGGAGGUGCUCGGCUACUGGGUACUGGGACGGAUCUUCUGUGACAUCUGGGCCGCCGUGGAUGUCCUGUGCUGCACCGCCUCCAUUCUGAGCCUGUGCGCCAUCUCCAUCGAUCGCUACAUUGGGGUGCGCUACUCCCUGCAGUACCCCACGCUCGUCACCCGCAGGAAGGCCAUCUUGGCGCUCCUCAGCGUCUGGGUCUUGUCCACGGUCAUCUCCAUCGGGCCUCUCCUUGGGUGGAAGGAGCCGGCGCCCAACGAUGACAAGGAAUGCGGGGUCACCGAAGAACCCUUCUACGCCCUCUUCUCUUCCCUGGGCUCCUUUUACAUCCCUCUGGCGGUCAUUCUGGUCAUGUACUGUCGCGUCUACAUCGUUGCCAAGAGGACCACCAAGAACCUGGAGGCCGGAGUCAUGAAAGAGAUGUCCAACUCCAAGGAGCUGACUCUGAGAAUCCACUCCAAGAACUUUCAUGAGGACACCCUCAGCAGUACCAAGGCUAAGGGCCACAACCCCAGGAGUUCCAUAGCUGUCAAACUUUUUAAGUUCUCCAGGGAGAAGAAGGCAGCCAAGACCUUGGGCAUUGUGGUCGGUAUGUUCAUCUUGUGCUGGCUACCCUUCUUCAUCGCUCUACCACUUGGCUCCCUGUUCUCCACCCUGAAGCCCCCCGACGCCGUGUUCAAAGUGGUGUUCUGGCUGGGCUACUUCAACAGCUGCCUCAACCCCAUCAUCUACCCGUGCUCCAGCAAGGAGUUCAAGCGCGCCUUCGUGCGCAUCCUCGGGUGCCAGUGCCGCGGUCGCCGCCGCCGCCGCCGCCGCCGUCGCCUGGGCGGCUGCGCCUACACCUACCGGCCGUGGACGCGCGGCGGCUCGCUGGAACGCUCUCAGUCGCGCAAGGACUCGCUGGACGACAGCGGCAGCUGCCUGAGCGGCAGCCAGCGGACCCUGCCCUCGGCCUCGCCGAGCCCGGGCUACCUGGGCCGCGGCGCGCCGCCGUCCGUCGAGCUGUGCGCCUUCCCGGAGUGGAAGGCGCCCGGCGCGCUCCUGAGCCUGCCCGCGCCCGAGCCCCCCGGCCGCCGCGGCCGCCACGACUCGGGCCCCCUCUUCACCUUCAAGCUCCUGUCCGAACCCGAGAACCCCGGGGACGACGGCGGCGCCAGCAAUGGUGGCUGCGAAGCCGCGACCGACGUGGCCAACGGGCAGCCGGGCUUCAAAACCAACAUGCCCCUGGCGCCCGGGCAGUUUUAGGGCCCCGGGGGAGGAAACAUCGUGGGGGGAGGGCGGGCGGAGGGUGGGA